AUGACUACAGAUAAUGUAACUGAACUGUCUCCUUCAGAGGAACAAGCUUACAUACGGAGGUUUGCACAACGAAUCAUCAAAGAGCGUAGUGGUAACUAUAGACCGUUGAAACGAUCCAGAGAUGGUAGACUGGUAUAUCCGGAUGCAUCUGGAGUUGUUUCUAAUAGAGGUAACAAAUUAUUACAAGGCAGUGAAGUGGUCACUAGAGGUAAUUUGAAUCCACAUUCUGUUGAAGAAGAUGUUGUAUAUUAUAAUGGAUCUGAACAUAAAUUACUGCAACGAAUGCAUAAACGAAUGAAAUUUUUCCCUGAAGAAAAAUCAAAAAAGAAAGGUUUAGCUGGUGAAGAUGAGGACGAAAUUGAAGAAAUUGAUUUGAAUGAUUUAGUUAACGUGAGAGAAAUUCUGACUCCAAUUGCAUCAUUGAGUGAUAUUUCUAAUAGACCUACUGUAGCGAGAACUUUUAAUAAUUCUAUAUUACAAAAUUUAUCUCAACAAACUGUUCUUAUGAUUGAGAAAGAACAAAAUUCUAUAAUAAGAUAUAAUAGAAUAUUAGAAGUAUUUCUUGGUGAUUAUUCUGAACCAUUAUAUGAAAAGAAUUUGAAAUUGAAAAAAUAUAAUCAUAAUUUGACAUUGCCAGAUGAAGAAGAGGAUAGUGAUAAUAAUCAGGGAUCGAGAAGUACCACUCCACCAAUUACUUCAGGAGCAAUUCCAGAUGCGGAUACUACCGAUAAUACCAUAGAUAAUGAACAAAAUGAUAAGACAGCGGAAGAUAUUGAUAAUCAUGAUGAACAAGAUGGUGAUAAUGGUAAUGGAGAAAUCGAUACUGAUAAUGACCCAUUUUUUGCAUUACCUGGAGUUAAAGAUAUUGAUGGUCUUGAUAUACUUUUAAAGGAUCUUGAAUCAUCUGAAGUCAUUGAACAAAUGGAAACGACAAGACAAAUGGCACAGAUAGCUUUACAGAGAAAUCAAGAAUUUAUAAGGAAUUUAAAGACAAUAAGAAACUAUAUGGAUAAUGCUAGUAGGAUACGAGGAAGGAUUAUGGCCUGGAGCAAAGAAUAUUCAGGAGUUCAGGAAGAUGGUGUAACUGUUCCAAACGCUCUUCGUGUCGUGAAAAGAGGACUUAUCAGUGCGACAACUAAUAGAUCCGUAGGUAAAAAUGAAGAAGAGGAAGGAGAUGAGACUGCUGGGGAUCAUGAGUAA